ACGACACAAACUUUUCAGAGUCCCAGAGCUAUCCAAAAUCUGCGUUUGCCACAAUGGAUAUGGAUACGGUGGUUUACAGGCGCCGUGCCUCUCGCAUUACCAUUUUUGCUCAAUUGUUUGGGAUCCUCGCCAUCAUCCUCCUGCUUAUCUGGUUGCUGCAUUAUCGUGAGGGGAUUGAAUAUGAUUCUCCCGAUGGAUACCGAGUCUUCAACGUUCACCCUCUUCUGAUGUUCAUGGGUUAUAUUUUCAUGUCGGGUCAAGCAAUAAUGGCAUACCAUACGAUACCAAGCGAGAGGUCGACCCAGAAGUUCAUGCACAUGUUACUUCACUUGAUUGCUUUCGUUCUGGGAAUUGUUGGUUUAUGCGCAGUGUUCAAGUUCCACGACAUGGCCCGUUUGGAGGACGUGUUCAGCCUCCAUUCCUGGAUUGGCAUCGGCACUUUCGUCUUGUACGGCAUACAGUGGGUGAUUGGAUUCUUCACGUUCAUGGGAAGAGCUCCGGACGUAACAAGGUUUAAAAUCGCUCCGUGGCACAUAGCUGGAGGGAGAGCUUUGCUGUACAUGGGAAUAUGCGCGGCUCUCACAGGUUUAAUGGAGAAGUACACGUUCCUGAGGCUGAACAGCAUUCUGCGAUAUGGAGAAGGACGUCUCAUGAACUUCACCGGCCUCGCUAUUCUCUUGUUCGGUGUUUUCGUUGAUCUUUCCGUUGGUCUUGCCCAUUAUGUCUGAAUCAUUCUUCUCCAUCGUCUAUGCUCUCAUUUCCAAUAUUCAUAUGCUUUCUUUUGUUUUCAAGUUUUUCAAUUGAUUUUGUAAUAACUCCACUAUUCAUUUCCUGCAAAUAAUAAUAACACGGUGUGCAUAAA